AUUUCUCUUCUGCCACUAUUUCAGUUGAAGAACAAUGGCUUCUCCCGUCUCUCUUCACUACCUGAUUAACACAUUCAUCUCCAAACCUCAGGGUUUCUGCAACGGAAGUAUCUCAGCACCAAAACCCAGAAGCAACUUCGUAAGAGAGAGACAAAACAGUGUAAAACCCAUCAAAGUUGCUUCUCUGGAGACACAACCUUUCCCUCUGUUUCAGUCUCCUGCUUCUGAAGAAUCCUCCUUAUCCGAGUUGGAGCCAGCAGAUCCUGAUUUCUACAAGAUUGGGUAUGUUAGAAGAGUGAGAGCUUAUGGAGUUGAGUUUAAGGAAGGCCCUGAUGGUUUUGGUGUCUAUGCUUCUAAGGAUAUUGAACCUCGUCGCCGUGCUAGAGUGAUAAUGGAGAUUCCUCAUGAGUUGAUGAUAACAAUCAGACAGAAGCACCCUUGGAUGUUUUUCCCUGACAUUGUUCCUAUUGGUCAUCCCAUUUUCGAUAUCAUCAACUCAACGGAUCCUGAGAGAGAUUGGGAUCUCAGGUUAGCGUGUCUUCUGCUAUUCUCAUUUGAUCGAGAAGAUCAUUUCUGGAGACUCUAUGGAGAUUUUCUGCCUGCUGCUGAUGAGUGUAGCAGCUUGCUUCUAGCUACUGAGGAAGACCUUGCGGAGCUUCAAGAUCCUCAGCUAGUUUCAACUAUUAGACAACAACAGAAAAGAGUCUUUGAAUUUUGGGAAAAGAAUUGGCAUUCUGGUGUUCCUCUCAAAAUCAAAAGGCUUGCUGAAGAUGCAGAAAGGUUUAUAUGGGCGGUUAGUAUUGCGCAGACAAGAUGCAUUAGUAUGAAAACUAGGGUCGGUGCGUUGGUUCAAGAUUUGAACAUGAUGAUUCCUUAUGCUGACAUGCUAAACCAUUCGUUUGAACCAAACUGUUUCCUACAUUGGCGUCCCAAAGAUCGCAUUCUUGAGGUCAUGUCAAAUGCUGGUCAGGCAAUUAAGAAAGGCGAAGAGAUGACCAUUAACUACAUGCCUGGUCAGAAAAACGAUAUGCUUAUGGAAAGAUACGGUUUCUCCACUCCUGUGAAUCCAUGGGAUGCUAUACCGUUCUCUGGAGAUUCUCGUAUCCAUUUGAAUUCCUUUUUAUCAGUCUUCAACAUUUUCGGUCUUCCAGAAGAAUAUUACCAUGAUAGUAAGUUUGUUACAUUAGUAUCCACACUAUUGGAGAAAUGAGGAGCAAUGUUAGUUACUUAUUGUGUUG